UUCAAACAUAAUUUACUGGAUGCAUGGAUCUCGGGGGUGGGAUGGAAUAAAAUAUUUUGGAGAAGACUAAAUUAGGCAAGCUAGACAAAUAGAACUGAAACCUUGAUGGCCAGUGUUAAAGAUAAAAUAGCACGUUAAUGUGAAUUGAAUUCCAGUUUGCAGUGCGGUCCGACCUACAUGCGUUCGCGAAAAAGCCUUUUCUGUCGGCGGAAGCUCCUCCCCUCCGCAGGCGGACCGGGAGGAGCCCCGGUCCACACGGCCGGGGAGAGGAAGAGGUGAGCCGUGCCCAGCUCCCGUCCCCGCUAGCCCCACCGCUUCAGCCCGGGCUCCCCCACGAUAAUGCGGCCGGCGACAUGAGCCGACAGCAAGAUGAGCACGGGGUGGUCCUGACCGGCUACUUCAGCAGCAGCGAGGCCCGACCGGCGGCGGGCGUGAGCGGCGGAGAUGACGCGGAGUGCCCGGUAACGAGCCGCAAGACCUGCCACUACCUGCAGAGCCGCGGCAAACACGUACGCGGCAAAUCGCCAUGCAGCCACUGCGGCUCGCAGGACUCCCUGGAUGAGCUGCCCCUGGACGACUACUGGAAGGAGGUGGAGAAUAUCCACCAGAGCGGCGCCGGAGAUGCAGAGCAGCAGGAGGAGGUGCAGCUGAAGGUGACCGAUGAGGGUGAACGGGAGGAGGCGUGGCUUGCCGAGGUCGGCCUGGCCACCCUCAUCGAUGGGUCUGCCUCGGACCCGGAGGAUAGCUUGGCGCUGCUGUCGACGCUGACGCGCACCCAGGCGGCAGCCGUGGAGAAGAGGGUGGAGACCCUCAAGCAGACACUGAGGAAGAAGAACAAACAGCAUCAAGUUCCUGACGUGCGGGACAUCUUCAAGCCCCCAGCGGCCCAGGCGCCAAAGCUCGAAGUUGAAGUUCUGCCUGCAAGGAGAACUGAAAACGUUCAGGGGGAAGUCGGCUCUGGUGGUCCAGUGAGCAGGAUCUGCGAAAAUGGGGGAGGGACCCCGGCCGCAGGCAUGCCGGACUCGGAGAUCAACGUGGAGAUCUCAUUUUCGGAACAAGCCCUCCUCUACAAGGAAGGGCCAAAGGGCACGGAGGCCAGAGCCCAGAGUGACGUAGACGACAAGUUACCAAAUUUUAAAGUAUCCAGAGACAGGACUGGUGUGACUAAGGUGGGCGACCUGGCCGCCCAGGACAUGAAGAAAGUCCACCGGCUAGCUCUGAUCGAAAUGACGGCGCUAUUUGACACAGCAGGAAUCGACCUAAAACCUCAGAAGGCCCUCAAACUUAAAGUCAAAGAAUCCGGGUUGUUUGGGGUUCCUCUGUCCACCCUGCUGGAGCAGGACCAGAAACGGCAACCAGGAACCAAGGUGCCCCUGAUCCUACAAAGGUUAAUUUCUCACAUUGAGAGCGAAGGCUUGGGCACCGAGGGGCUUCUGCGCAUCCCAGGUGUGGCUACAAGGGUCAAGGCGGUGUGCUUGGAGCUGGAGGCGAAGUUCUACGAUGGUAUGUUCGCCUGGGAGACCCUGAAGCAGCACGACGCGGCCAGCGUCCUGAAGCUGUUCAUCCGGGAGCUACCAUACCCGCUGCUGACCGUGGAGUAUCUCAACGCUUUCACCUCCGUGCUCAAGCUUCCCACCAAGAAACAGCAGCUACAAACUCUCAAUCUCCUGGUUCUGCUCCUCCCGACCUCGAGCCGCAGCCCUCUGAAGGCACUUCUGGAGUUUUUCCGAAGGGUGAUGGAUCACAAGCAGCAGAACAAGAUGACCCUGAACAACAUCGCUGUGGUGAUGGCUCCCAACAUCUUCAUGUUCAAGGGCUUCCGCAGCAAGGUCAGCGAGCUGCAGGAGUUCAGCAUGGCGACGGGGAUGGCCCACAUUGUCCGCCUGCUCAUCCGAUACCAGGAUCUGCUCUGGACGAUUCCCAAAUUCAUCAUGAACCAAGUGAGGAAACAGAACACGGAAAACCAGAAGAAGAUGAGCAAGGACCGAGCCAUGAAGAAACUCCUGAAGAAGAUGGCGUAUGACCGUGAGAAGUCUGACAAGCAGGAGAAGAACGCGGCAGAGGAGUGUGCUCAGGGUUUAAUCCGUAUCCAAGCCCCACAAUUCUCUAAGAUCUCCAUGGCCGUCCAGCUGACGGACGAGCUGCAGGUUGCCGACAUCGUUGCCCGAUUCGUGAAGCAGGAAAGUGCCUUGCAGGAAAAGAAGGAAGAUUUUUGCCUUUAUGAAGUUGGAGGCAAUAUCAAUGAGCGCUGCUUGGACAAAGAGGCCUACAUGAAGAAUGUGAUAGAGCUGAACCCCAGUGCGGAGUGGGUUAUAAAGUCGGUGCCCUACUAAGACACGCAGGCCUGCACUCCCAUCGCCACCUGCGGCGCUCUGCGCUGCCCCUGCACCAACUUACCCCACAUGCUCCUUCCAGCACCUAACCCUAACCCUAACCCUACACUCAGAAUGCUCAUCCCAUCCCAUGGUUCCCCUGCCUGGGACAGGCCCUAGAAACCAGCCCUGGGUGUGCAGCCAGUGUGGAAUAGGUUACUUUAGGCCGUUCAUGCCAUGUACCUACGCCUGUGACAGAUGGACUUGGAGCUAUGCUCAAGGUAUUCUCAGGUUUGGGAGGCGGUUUCAGUGGGAGCUGCAGAAGACAGUGUAAUGAGCCUGACAUUUAAGGGCUUUUAUAGGGAAGACACCACUAUGGGCUCUUACAUUCUGCUCAGAAAAGUGACUCAAAAAUAACUACGGAUUUUUAUGCUGAUCAGUCCGCUAUUAAGUUUUUAUUUAUUUUAAUUAAUAUAUAUUUAUUUAACAACCCUGAAAAUACUGGCCUAUCAUUCAGUUUCUGAUAUUUGUUGCAUAUGUAAUCAUUAGUUAAUUUUAAUAUGAAUAAUACUGGUUUUAGUGAAUUUUUUUAUUUACACUAAUAAGGUAAUUAAUCUACUGGCACUCUAGUCAGCUUUUACUGACAUAGCUUAUGAUCAGGUGUUCUGUUGAUGAUUAUGUAGCAAUGCAUAGCAUUGUCCAGUGUCUCAAGGCUUUUAAAACUAGUUACCUUAUAAGUACUUAGUUUUUUUUUUUUUUUUAAAUAUCCAACAGAUUUUUUUGAGGGCCUAUUUGAGUCCUUUGCAAUCACUAAUGUUUUAUAUUUUCUCAACACCAAGUGCAGGUUUGUUGGGUUAUAAUUUUUUUUGUGAUAAUUUCAAUGCCUUAAAGAUUAAUUUUGCCUAUUUGUCAACAAAACUGUACUCCAGAAGCACUAAAUGCCAAAUUGUGUGUGAAGCUUAAAGGGGUGAUAUUUCAGGGGUGACGCAUCUCUCACUGUCCAUCGCUGUGGGCUGAGGGCUAUCCAGGGCUUUGGGACAGCCCUCACCACAGCGUCCUUAAUAGCGCAGAGAGUUUUAUCCUGCAGCCACUAGAGGGCGUCUGAGGUUUCUUUACAGUCAUAGGAAUGCUUUUUAGCCUUAUAUUACUAGGUAAAUUGACUGAUCUGGUGUUUAAUGAUGACAUGCCAGUCAGACUAAGACUCUCUGUAUGGCAAGCCGAGUAACCCUGAUGUAUAGGUUCAGAAGAUUUUUUUCCCCCCCAAAGGGACAGAUCUGUAAAUAGACUUGGUACCACUUGUCUCAUGUCGUAAAGCUCAGGAAGAUAGAACCACUAGAUCCGAGUUCAUACUUCCCUUUUCCACAUGCAGCUAAGUCCUACACACAAACACUUGUCUACACACUACAUUUGCCUGCAGACGAUCAAAGUUGGCACAUACGUACUGCAGAGAUAUUCCACCAGACCAGCAGAGGGCAGAAUGAAUGAAUCCUGGUCUGAAUGAAUUCUCUUCUUUGCCAAGUGGUCAGGAGAUAAUUUUUGUUCCCCAUAAUACGUCUUUGUGCUCCUUUAAUGAUGAGUAUUUGUAUGUGAGUAGCCCUGCACCUCCUCACACAGCUCUUCUGCUCCCUUUCUUUGCUGUUCUCUGCUCUGUGAUAGUUAGUACUGCCACCUCCUGGAAUCACAUGAGCAGCUGACGCACAAGUAGUGCACUAUACUCACAAUCUGGGCUAUUAUGAAAUUUACAUCACUCACCCUGUGUAAACACCGUUACUUUGUGGAAAAGUGACGUGUGAAUUAGACUUAGACCUUAAAUAUGCUAAAAAAAAAGAAUAACUUCCCACAAUUUUGUUGGGCAGCAAACUUCAACGCUACUGUAUCAUUUAAAUUUGGAAGUUAUGGAAUGCCAGGGAUUUAUGGUUUCUGUAGACAAUGUAAAUUGAGUGGAGUGAUUUAUUUACUUGAAUAUCUGUUGAAGGAUGUUUCCAUUUGAGUCUUUUGAACUCUAAUGUAUGGAGCUAUAACCACUAAGCCUUUUAUGUAAAUAAAUGAAUAAUUAAUGUU